AUGACGUGCUCGGAGGCUGCAUUAGAUGAUAUUUGCAGAUCUCUGAAGGACUCCUACAAGAUGCUACUCAGAUUUACAUACAUAUUGGAACUCAACAACCCAUGUAUAUUCGCAAUAUACAUAGUUGAUGUCGAUGGUAGAUUUCUUUACUUCUUCAUGGCAUUAUCUACUUCCAUUUCUGGUUGGCAACAUUGUCGUCCAGUCAUUUCUAUUAAUGGAACGAGUCUGAUGAAUAAGUACGGUGGUACUUUGUUAUCUGCUUCAACACCUGAUGCCAAUGAUCAGAUUUUUCCACUAGCCUUUUGCAUUGUGGAUUUUGAGAAUGAUUCCUCAUGGACCUGGUUUUGCAACCAAUUGAAAAGAAUUAUAGGUGGCCGGAAUGAGGUUGUCAUAGUAUCUGAUAGGCAUAAAAGUAUAUGCAAAGCCAUAGAGGUAGUAUUUCCCAACGUUUUACAUUGCAUGUGCCUUGUUCAUUUACUUAGGAAUCUCAAGUUGAAGUAUAAGAGAAUAGUGGAUACCGUAUUUCAUGCAUAUGCAUGUGGGAAGGCAUUUAAUAUUGUAAACUUUGAACACGAAAUGCGUUUGUUGGAAUCUUCUACCCCUGGUAUACGUGAGGAGCUUGAAUCCAUUAGUUUUGCUAAGUGGUCUCAUGCCUACUCACCACAUAAGAAAUAUAAUGUCGUGACCAUUAAUAUAUCUGAGAGUUUGAAUUCUGCUAUGUUGAAGGCUAGGGAGUUACCAAUAUGUUCAAUGCUUAAGGUUUUGCGAAUGAUGUUGCAAAGAUGGUUUUUUGAACGAAGAAAUGAACCUAAUUAUCAAGUGACUGAUUUUACCAAAACCAUUGAAGGUAUAUUAAGGGAACAGAUUAAACGUAGUCGAUCAAUGAUGGUUAAUCUGGUUAAUAACAUGAAAUACCAGGUCAUAGAUGGAACUUCUUAA